UCCUGGCGAGAUCAGCCUUAGAGUCGGCGAGUGCGCAGCCCUACACUACAAUUAUUACUAUAAUGUUAUAAACAUUAGUAAUAGCAAAAUAAGAUAACGUAAAAUAUUUUCAUAAAUUAAAGAAAAGGGUAAACGCGCGAGACAGGCAGUACUCGUAACUGGGUCAUUGGUGAUUUAUUACAGGUAUAGCCAUCUAUGUAUAAAAACAAUUAAACAAGUGGGCGUGGCACGGAUAUGUGACAUGCCCGUCGCGAAUGAGUUAAGGACUUUUUCUUAUAGAAGAUGACUCACUAAAAUCAUUUUAGUAAAACUUGAAAAUUACAGAUGGGAACUUUCUUAUUUAUAUUUAAAAAAACUAAGUAAAUCAGAAUAUGUUAUGGCAAUAUACUGUAGAAUAUCUUAUUAAAAUCUGAUGAAUCAGUAUUGAAUAUGGAAUUAAAAUUCAACAGCUAUGCUGGGAGGCACUGUGUGGAGACACAACAAAUCGCUGGGCUGACAAGAGUCUAACGGCCAUCAUGACAAGAAAUGGCUUUGGUGCUACAAACAAUGAUCACACGCCUUAUGAUGCUAUGGUAACGGUGGUCAUGGCCCAUUACCAGCAUUUGUUAUUGGAAGACAUGGGAGGAACCUGGAGAGGCAAUCCUGAUGUACGAAAAUUCCCUCUGCCGUCCCUUGUGAACUUUGACCUUGACAGCAAAAUGUUAGCUGCCAUGUCUGCUGCUAGGGAAACUAGUUUGGCCUUGACCAAGAAUAUAAGUGUGAAAUAUUAUACGUUUUCUACUUAUGGUAAGGAUUUCAUCAAAAGCAACAAACUCCAUCCAGAUGCCUUUGUACAGAUGAGCAUGCAGUUGGCUUAUAUUCGCCUUCACGGAAAACCAGCACCAACCUAUGAAACUGCAACUACUAGACAGUUUUAUAAUGGAAGGACAGAAACCAUGCGCUCGUGUACAGAAGAGGCUGUGGAAUUUGCCCACGCCAUGCUUAACCCUAAAGUGUCGACUAGCGAAAAACGCACUAAACUCUUCAAUGCUGUGAGUCGCCACAAUGAAAUAAUGCAACGAUGCCAAAAAAAUGAGGGCAUCGAUCGCCAUCUAUUUGGCCUCUACAUUGUUGCUCUGGAAGCUGGAAUGGACACUCCUGAGAUCUUCUUAGAUCCAGCUUAUGUUAAGAGUGGUGGUGGAGGUAACUUUGUACUGUCUUCAAGUACAACUGGUUACACUCCACUUGUUGGAGGAGUAGCUGCCAUGGUCCAGGAUGGAUAUGGUUGCUUCUAUAACAUGCUCCCAGACAAGCUAAACUUCUUUAUUAGCUGCUUCCUCGAUUCAUCGGAAUCAAGAGGAGAAGCUUUAUGUGACGCCCUUGCCUCAUCACUUCAAGAUAUGCAAGAUGUGUUGACAGCUCCUACUGCAAGCCUCUAGAAGCCUCAUUUCGUUAAUGUGAACUUAAAAUCAUUGUUCUACACAAGUUGAAAUGAUUUAUUAUCUGGACAUUUUAACUUUUACUAUCUAACUUUUCUAUCUUCUAAGUUUUAUCUUCAUAUGAAUUAUGAACAAAAAUGACUGGAAUUGCAUUUUAAUUAAAGAUAUUUUUAAAAAUGUUUUACCAUAUGUGCUGUACUAUUUCAGAUAGUAGAGAUAACAUGAAAAUAAAUAUAUAAUUUAAUUUUGUUUAAAGGUUUAUAUUGAUAGGCUUAGAGUGGCAUUUGGAAAAUACUUCCAAAUGAUUGUCAUUCAAAUCUCAAAACAUAUCUCAGGCAACAGUCAAUGAAAUGUUGUGCGCAUGUUGUAGUGAUCAUUGGUAAUUUGGUGUUAAUUACACAAUGUAGUAACAUAUUACCAAAUUUUAUCUUGAACUUGCCUUUAUUUCUGUUGUUUGGCAGCAGUCAUUUAUACAAGAAGGUUGAAAAAGACUGUAUAUGUUAUUACUGUUCAGUUAUAUGUUUAUAUAGUAUACAAAAUACUUUAUUUUAUUUGUUACUUUAAUAUUUGGAUGCAUAAUAAUAUAUUAUCUCUAUUAUGGUUUAUUAACUCUUUGUCUUAUAUGCAGACCUUACAGGAAUUCUAAUAGUGAAAUACAUACACUAACAAUUUUAUAGAAUUCAGAACUCCAGAGCAAGUUAGGGCCAUAAGUAGAAUUCGUUUAAUUAAUGGGAAAUACAGAAAAAAGUAGUUUUUGAAAGUAGGCAAUUAUACUAUGUACUUUUUUUGUAUUUCUUUUAUUUACCCAAUGUGUAGUUCUGCUUUUAUUACUAAUAUUUCUGUUAAGUAUUAUUAGAUACUGAAGUAAGGACACAUUUGAAUAAUCUGAUAAGCCAUAAAACCAGUGGUUUGUAAUAUCUUUACCUGUAUGGAUAAGCAUAGACAAGAAAAGCUGUGCUGUAUUCAGAUUAUUUUGAAGGGAGAGUAUAUAAAGAAUUUAUAAAGCCUUGUUUCUCUAAGUUUACUAAUAGUAAUAGUUUGCAUUUAUUUUGUUUGAUUAAAAUAUAAUAUUCAUGUUAACAGUGGGAAUUUUAGAAAUAUUAUUACCUGUUAUAUUUACAUAAUUUUAGUGUGCAUAAACUUGAUUGAUUUGAGAACUUGCUUCACACAAUACAGCAUGUAGUACUAUGUCUGUUGGGACAAAUGUAGAGAAAAUAUGACGAGAUUCACUAACUUUACUCGGUGCAUCAUAAUUUUUUUUUUAUUACCUAUAUAUUUUCUACAUAUGUAGUACUAAGGCAAUAAUUCAAUCAAAAGCACUUUGCACACAGUAAAUAGACUUAUACAUCCAGACUUGUAUAACAUCAUAUAGUCUAGGUAUUGCAUCAAUAAAUGUUAUGAAAUUUUGUAAUGUAUAACUAGCAGCUAUGUUUUUAAAGUGAAUUUCAUUAUUUACCAUUUGCAAACACUUUUAAGCAAUCAAACUUGCCAGAUAGACAAUUAGUGGAUUUGCAUUGCAAAGAUACAUUUUAUGAUUUUAUCAUUAUUUUUCUCAAAAAAAUUGUGUAAUUAUUUAUUGCUUAUGUUGUAUCAUAUCUCUAUAGAAUUGUCUUUGGAAUAUAUAAUAUGAUUUGGAAUUACACAUUUUAAUCCAUAUAAGGAUACAGAUUUUAUGUGGCUAGUGGGUUUUGAAAGGCAUAUUGGAAGAAAAGGUGAAUACCAAAUCAGUUUUAUUAAAGGUAUUAUCAGUAUCUUUUACAAGCUAUGAAAGGUUAACCCUUCAAAUAUAGGAAUGUUUACACAUUUCUUCUUUCUAAUCUUGUAUAUUAAGAGAAAGAAUAGUUUUACAGUAUUUUCACAAAAGUCUUGAUAGUUCUUUGUGCUUUUAAGUAACUGGUAUGUAGUGAACACACUAGUAGUCUUUAAUGAAAAAAUAUCAAUGCAGUAGCCUAGUCACAAUUAUUUUUUGUUUGUUUGAAAUAAAAUUUAGAACAUUUUA